AAAGUCUGUGGCCCUGAAUUCGAAACUCUUACUAAUAGCCAAGUUAGUAUCCGAGUGACUCCGCUUUUCCGCACCUUUCAUAUUCACACCUCUUGCUAUGGGUAUUCCGUAUCAAGAGUUCUACCGGUUGACUCCGAAGCGCCACAAGCUUUACCGGUGCUCGACAUGCCACGCUGAUCUCCUCUUGCCGAGCCACAUCAUCUCCGAUAACUUUCAAGGGGAUCACGGUAAAGGGUUUUUGGUCGACUUCAAGAAGUUGUUGAACGUGGAGGUGAUACCCCCACACCUUUUGUGCCAGUCCAAGCGUCGCGGCUCUGUCAAUAACGAGCCUAGUACCAGUGCCUGCGAAGCGGAUGUCUUGUCAGACGCCUCCGACUCCGAUGACGGGGUGUGCCACUGGGGAAACGGCAUAAAGGAAGUAAAGAUGACAACAGGUACUUAUCUAAUCACAGACAUCGAGUGCGCCUUGUGCAAGACAAAGAUCGGCUGGAAGUAUUUGAGAGCCGUGAAUAACCCGGAUAACCUGUAUAAGGAAGGCAAGUGCCUUGUGGAACGGGCGCUUAUUGAGUUGGUGGACGGCCUUUCCGAUUGCUCUGCCACUCCGCGAAAGAUAGAUGACGAGGCGGAUUUCAUUAAAGCCGAAAUGGCCAAGGCCAGAGCUCGGCUGUCGAUUUCUACAGGCACGGGAUACUGGAUGGACGUCGAACGUCGCCACGGAAGCGGCAGCAUUGCGGUCCCGAGCUUUACAUCGCACGAGGUAAGUGGCUCGUUUAUCCAGAUUGUAAACUUGGGCUUUCCCACCCGGAGACAUGGAUUAUCCAGAGCCGAGAGAAUCAGGAAUUUUCUCGAGUACACUGAACGCGGGCCCGUACGAUUUGAAGAAUAGCCCCAGAGUUGGCAAGUCCCGCCUGCUUAUGGUCCUUGUUAUUUGUACCCUCUCUAGCUUUUAACGACUCAAUAAACGAUAACCUUGUGAAACGGGAUAUGGAAGAGUAUCCGGCG